AUGGCAGAUUCAAUCUGGCUCUACAACCCCUCCCUCGCCCUCUCCAUCCUCUUCACCGUCCUCUACACCAUCCCAACAACCAUCCAACUCUACCAGACGACUGUCAAAUACAAAGCCCACUACUUCCUCGUCGUUUCCAUCGGCUGCUGUCUCGAGCUCGGCGGCUACGUCGCACGCUGUGUUUCCAUCCAUCACCCCUCUGAAAUCCCACCCUACGCAACACAAUCUUCCCUCAUAAUAAUAGCACCCAUCUUCUUCGCCGCAGGCAACUACCUCUUAAUAACCCGUCUCUGUCCCCCAUCCCUACCGCGCAUUUUCCGCAUCCCGAUCCGGAACCUGACGAGGAUAUUCGUAUCCUGCGACGUAGUCUUGUUCCUAAUUCAAGCUUCCGGUUCCGGGAUUGCCGCGAGCGGGAAUUGGGAGGGCAGGAUCACGAUGGUGGGGAAGGAUGUUUUGAUUGUGGGGUUGGCGAGUCAGUUGGUGACUUUUGUGUUUUUUGUGGGGAUUGUGGUGAGGGUUCACUCUCUGGCAAAGGGGAAGGAGGGGGAGGGGGGGAUGGGGUGGAAGAGGGUGUUGUGGGCGGUUUAUGGGUCGUCGGGGUUGAUUAUUAUACGCUCAACUUAUCGAUUGAUCGAGUUCGCUUUGGGUAUUCGUGGGUACCCGUUUACGCAUGAUUGGACGUUUUGUGUGUUUGAGUCAGUGCCGAUGUUGGGCGCGGUGGGGGUUUUUUGUGUUUGGCAUCCUGGCGCGUAUUUUGGGCCUGGUAAGAAGCGUGGUUUCAGAGACGGAGGGGAGAUACAGAUGGAUGGCAGGACUUCGCCGGUGGUGUGA